CUCUGCUUUUGCGUGUACUCGAAGCGUUUACGCUGGGCCAUCACCAACCCUCGAUUUCUUUCCUUUUUCCUCGUUUUUCUUUGAUUUUUCCCCAUUUGUCUCGCUUUUCUAUAUAAGCACUCUUGGAUCUUCAGAUUCAUCCAUCGCUUAGAAAUUCGUCCUUUUUUUUGGAUCGAUUUAAGUAGUGAAAGAUCGGAGCAAUGGCGGCGAAUGGGGAGCAUCAGGGAGUGGUGAAACCGCCUCCAACCCCUUCUCCUCUGAGAUUUUCCAAGUUUUUUCAGUCCAAUAUGCGGAUCUUGGUGACUGGUGGUGCUGGCUUCAUUGGAUCGCAUCUUGUUGACAAAUUGAUGGAGAAUGAAAAGAAUGAGGUAAUUGUUGUUGAUAACUUCUUUACCGGGUCAAAGGACAACCUCAGGAAAUGGAUUGGUCAUCCAAGAUUUGAACUCAUUCGCCAUGAUGUCACGGAGCCACUGCUUGUUGAAGUUGAUCAGAUAUAUCAUCUUGCUUGCCCUGCAUCUCCAAUCUUUUACAAAUACAAUCCCGUGAAGACAAUAAAGACAAAUGUCAUGGGUACCUUGAAUAUGCUGGGCCUUGCAAAGCGGGUUGGAGCUAGGAUUUUGCUGACAUCAACCUCAGAGGUUUAUGGUGACCCUCUUGAGCAUCCCCAAAAGGAGGAAUACUGGGGCAAUGUGAAUCCAAUUGGGGUCAGGAGUUGCUAUGAUGAGGGAAAACGAGUUGCUGAAACUUUGAUGUUUGAUUACCACAGGCAACAUGGAAUAGAAAUCCGAAUCGCUAGAAUUUUCAAUACUUAUGGACCACGCAUGAACAUUGACGAUGGUCGUGUUGUCAGUAACUUCAUUGCUCAAGCACUUCGAGGUGAAGCAUUGACUGUUCAAGCACCAGGAACACAAACUCGAAGCUUCUGUUAUGUUUCUGACAUGGUUAAUGGCCUAAUUCGGCUGAUGGAAGGAGACAACACAGGGCCAAUCAAUUUAGGAAACCCGGGUGAAUUUACAAUGACUGAGCUUGCUGAGACUGUAAAAGGGUUGAUCAACCCAUCAGUGACUAUAAAAAUGGUUGAGAACACUCCUGAUGAUCCUCGGCAGAGGAAGCCGGAUAUCACAAAGGCAAACGAAGUGCUUGGAUGGGAGCCCAAAAUUAAGUUGCGAGACGGUCUGCCUCUCAUGGGGGAAGAUUUCCGUCUGCGUCUCGGCGUGCCCAAAACUGCCUAAAUUCUUCGUAUCAUCAGUAUAGUUGAUUUGAGAUACCAUUAUUGUCAUCAGAAUGAAUGUCUCUUAUUCUUUUGUUUUCAGAGUGAACUCUUUUUCCAUUCAAAGUUAAGGGGAUGUUUCUUUUGGUCA